UUCGCACCAUGUCACAAGAUGCAUAUUCAAAUGUGUCCGCAACCAUUCCAUACACAUGAGCCCCACACCAUAUGCGGGUUGCCUAUACACAAAAACGGUUCCGGACACAUCCAUAUUCUAAUCUGAGCAUUCGUGUUUCGAUUAUUUUCCUAUUGUAGCUGCAUGCUAAUUUAAUUCAAGAUUUUCUCAAUUGACAUUUUUAGAACCCUUUUUUCCCCCCUCUUCCUGUGUCUUUUGCUUGAUUCUUCUGCGCGACAUAUAAUCACGGGCAAUCAUCUAAAGAAGAACACCUUCCAUUGAGGUGUAGGAGGAAAUCAUGUUUAGUUUCAGCAUAAGAACGCGGCAGAAUGUGACGGGUUCUUCGCCAAGAGCUGCUGCAGGUUCUCCAAGAACCACAGGGUCUCCAAGCAGCAUAGGAGGAGGAUCUCCUAGAACAGAGGUGGUGGGUGAGAUCGAUACCCGAGCACCGUUCCAAUCUGUCAAGGCGGCUGUAAGCUUAUUUGGUGAAGUCUCCUCCCCAAAGGCCAGACCUGUCCUUAAGAAGCCUAAAACUGCCGAGGAGAGGGUACUAGAGAAAGAAACACAGCUUCACUUGGCCCAUAAAGAACUGGAAAAGUUCAAAGAACAGCUCAAAAGUGCAGAAACUACAAAAUCCCAAGCAGCUCGGGAACUCGGAAAGGCCAACAGAACCCUACAAGAACUAACAUGCAAGCUUGAAACGGCGAGUGAAUCCAAGCAAGCAGCGAUUGCAGCAACAGAAGCUGCAAAGAAUAGAGCAAAAGAACUCGAAGAAGCCAAAUCCAGCAUAAAAGACGUGCAACUUGACAGUGCUUCUUGGAAACAGGCCGUGGAUAGCGAAAGAGAACAGUAUAAGGCCUCUGCCGCUGAACUUAUAGGUGCAAAACAAGAGCUUACAAGCAUUCGACAGGAUUUUGAUGCGGCUCUGGAUAUAAAACUAUCAGCAUUCCAAGAGGCAGCAGAUGCCCAACAUGCAACAAAGGUUAACAGAGAGCGGUUAAAUGAGCUGUCAAAGGAAAUCGCAACGAUGAGUGAAACGCUUAGUCAGGUCAAGAUCGCCAUUGUUCAUGGACAAGAUGAGCAAGCUAAGAAUGCGGCAGAUAAAGAAGCCCGUCUGCAAUUCCUUAGAACGGCCAAGGAAGAAGCGGAAAAGAAAAUCCUAAUGCUGAAGGAAGAAGAAUCUAAAUUGAAACUGUCUGGAAAUCUUGAGGAGAAGCUUGAAGAAACAACAGAAGCAAUCGCAGUCAUACAAGAACAGUUGAAAAAUGUGCGCGAGUCAGAUCUGCUAUCUCUGAAAACAGUCACUUUGGAGCUUGAGGAUGCUAAAAAUGCAUUGGAACAAGUUUUAAAAGAAAAAAGCUUGCUCUGUACCUCAGUAAAUUCGUUGCAGCUGGAUCUGGAUGAGGUGAAGAAGGAUUGCAGUGAGUGGAAGGAGAAGGAAGCAAAAUCAGAAUCGGUCUCUGAGAACCUAAGAGUCGAACUGGAAAGAAUCAAAGAGGAGCUUGAAGCAGCUCUUGCAGGAGAAAUCAAACAAGAAGAGGCUUCUAACGAUAUGCAAUCAACUCUACAACAGUUAUCGUCAGAAACCGAUCAUGCAAGACGAGAAUCAGAAGAGCUAAGGAGAAGUAUUGAAGAUCUGAAGCGAGAGGCUGAAACCAAACGAAAUUUGGAAAGGGAAACAGAGGAGAAGCUACAAGCUGCAUUAAAAGAGGCUGAAGAAGCAAAAGUAGCUGCAAAGGUUGUCAACGAUCAGAUUCACCUCACGCCUUUGUGUACUGAUUCUAAGAAUUCAGAGUCUAAGGACAAGAUCAAGCUCUCAGCUGAGGAAUUUGAGUCUUUGAGGAAAAAAGUGGAGGAAUUUGAAAAGUUAGGUCAAAUGAAAGUUGCAGAUGCCAUGGCUGAGGUGGAAGCCAUAAAGGUGAGGGAAAGUGAGGCAGCAAAGAGGUUGGAAGAGGAUUUGAAGGAGAUAGAGGAUAUGAAGACUGAAACCGAGGAUGCUUUGAAGAAAGCAGAGAUGGCCGAGGCAGCCAAACAAGUGGUGGAGGGAGAACUGCAGAAGUGGCGCCAACAAGAAGAUAAAAAGGUAGCGCCAGAGACUUCCUCUAAUCGGGAAGAGAUGGAGUAUAUUUAGGUUUCCAAAGCAAUACUAAUUCUACACAUUUGAAUGGUAUCCAAAA